UAAAAGUGUCUGUAGUGUUUGGAGGUUUAGCGAGAAAGAACAUCAGCUUCGCCGGAGGCUGGAAGUCCUUUUGAAGUGGUUGCAACGGUCCUUGGCAGUCCCUGGGCACCCAUGUGACCUCGUGCGAGGCCAGGGUACCUUCAAGCUGCUAGGACAACCUUACGGCCGAGAAACUCAUUUACACGCCCGACUCUCACGAAGAUGUCAUGUUAUUUAGAGUACGGCAUCAACGGGUGGAACUGAGGGGUCUAGCCCAGCCUCUAGCCCUGCCUCAGCAACAAGUGUCACCAUGGCUGCACCAAAAUAUGGUACUUUGGUUCCAAAUCGCAUCUUUGUAGGCGGCAUUUCAGCUAAUACCAGUGUAGAAGAACUUGCUCAAGUGUUUUCCACUUAUGGCAAUGUAAAAGCUACAAAAAUAAUUGCUGACCGUGCUGGUGUCUCUAAAGGUUAUGGCUUUGUUACAUUUGAAACCGAAGAAGAAGCUAAAAGACUUCAGCAAGAGUCUGAAUGCAUUGUAUUAAGGGAAAGAAAAUUAAAUAUAGCACCUGCAAUUAAAAAACAACCUUUCAAUAGAUCUUUGGAUGGUGGUUCUGGAUCACCACCGUCUGUGCCUACUAGUACUUACUAUUAUCCAAAUGGUAUGGGGUUGACAUAUCAAAAUGGUAUGGCAUUUUACAAUACAACUGCUCCAACACCAACAACACCAAUUGCUCCACCAACUGAUCCAGCAACUAUUUAUCAAGCUACUGGAGUAUUCGGGCCACAAGCUGCUGGUCAUCAAACUUUUGCACCUGUGAUGUAUCCAUGCCCUGCUCCAUCUCUCUAUAUGCCACAACAAUAUCAGUUUUCACCUAUGCCGUAUGAGACGUGUUAUGCAGGGGCAGUCGCCGCCGGAGCUUCUCAAUACAUGUUUACUGCGAAUAAUUCGCAGAACAAUACGAGCGGUGCCAACAAUAAUUCUGGAAGUGGUAACAAUGGCACGGGGGCGACUAGCCCACCUACAGGUCCUCCACCACCUCUACCAUGUUUACCCCCUCCGCCACCGACAAAUUAUUAUCCUUCUACCGCUCCACCACCGCAUCAUCAUCCACCGGUGCCUGCAGGUCCUGCGCCUCCACAAAUGGAUCAUAUUUACUACCCUUUCGCAGCCGGGCCACAUCCACCUCCUCCUCCACAUGCAUCUAUGGGAUUGACAGAUCAACAGCUAUUAAUUUAUCCUACUGAUGCCCCAUGCCAAACAUCUUCAUCUGAUAGUCAAGCUGCUCCUCAGGAGGAUUCUCGUUCGACAUCGAGCCACUCGGAGCAAGCACAUGGUGAAACACAGGCUGCUUCAGGGUCAACCACACCCUUGGUGUCCUUAAUGCCCGUGAAAUUUCCCAUGUCCGGUCGUUACACCAACUAUCAUCCGAUCGCGAUACACACCACUAACUUAUACAGUUCUCAGACAUGUUUGAACGAAACUGACGACUGUGGUGGUAAUCAGAUGCAUUGUAGGGCGAUCGUUUAUCAUCCGGCAACCGUUUACAUUCCUCACACGCAUACACCUCCAUUUCAUAACGCUUCUGGUGGUGCUAGCCUGUUGCCUACACCGCCAUCUGUAUCUCAGCAGAUAUUUGAUUCAACCAACAAAAAUCAGUGUUUUAAUUCCAGAGAUUACACGAAAUCCGGCAGCGUGAAUGCCCAAAAUAAUUAUUCGAAAUCACAGACUCAUGGAAUUGCAUUGUCGCAUCAGAAUUCGUUCCUUCGAGCUCAAAACUUAGGCAAUUCUCAGCCGUACAAGCAUAGUAACAUAGACGGAGGGUACAAGUACACAACACCAACGAUGAGCUCGCGAUUUUCCGUACCGUGUAACAAAAAAGCAGCUGUUUCAAUCGUGGGCUCUCCGGCUUGCUUUGUAGCACAAAAAUCCUCGGAUAAUUAUAAUUCGACCCAAAAGUCGUUCGGAUCAAACCCUACUAAUCAAUCGUACAAUUAUACGAAUUCACAAAAAAUAUUUAAUCCGGUAGCGAAUUUCGAACACGCGAACGGCCGUAAGACUAACACCGGUGGGGAUCAGUAUUUUGAAAGCGUGACAAAAUCGAAUAAUUAUUCUACUCGUAAAAACACGAUGAAUUAUAGAAACAAUGGAGUCAUUGGCGGACAGACCGAGGAAAGUACUCAUUCUAAUAGUCAAUCAAAUGAUAAAUACGCGACUAAUAUCGAAAACGAGAACAGUAAUUCGCAGGGUGUACAAGGGUCGGAGAAUAGUAAUUCAGAGAAGCCGGUGAGCCCACCACCAGCGCCGUAUUCGCCCAUGACAAGACCACUUCCAACUUUGUCACCACCCACCUCCCAGGUCCAAUUCUUCGCUCCGGCGCAAAACCGCUAUCAGCCAUCCUUAGCUCCGACCCAGCAUCACCAACAGCAGCAACAAUCGAAUGCUCAACGCAGAUACACCAUCGCUCCUGCGUUGUCCGCAAGUAGAAAACCAACGGAGAAGUAUUCAAAUUCCGGUUCCCAGGCGACUACUACGACGAUGUUACAACAAAGCAAGUACAAGGUGAAUGGAAUCAUACAGACGGGUAACAAAGUAACUGAUGAUAGUCUUGGAGGAGCCGGGGACGCACCACCAGGUGUUGGAAGAAUGCCAAUAACUCCACCGGGAACGCCGAGAACUCAUCCAGGUCAUCCUGCUGGUGAUCAGAGUCAGCUCAGCGACACGUGCCAUCAGAUGCAAGCUCUGAGUCUUUGAACUCGUUCUCUCGAUACAUAGAGAUGUAUGCGUACAGGCUCGAUUCGUUUUUUCCUCCCCUUCUUCUUCUUUCGGUCCUAAUCGUACGUUUAAUAACAGAUCGUACGUUUAUAGGUUAGA